AUGCCAAGGAAAAGGAAUGGCGAGAUACCGCUGCCUGAAGGAUGGGAUUUUGCCCGGGAUUACGACGGCAAAGUGUAUUUCAUCGACCACCACAACAAGAAAACGACUUGGAUAGACCCUAGGGACAGGAUAACAAAGCCGCAGACCUUUGCGGACUGCAUUGGCAAUGAACUGCCGUUAGGCUGGGAAGAGUCAUAUGAUAACCAAAUAGGAGUUUAUUAUAUCAACCAUGUCAACCAGUGUACGCAGCUCGAGGACCCGCGGCUGGAAUGGCGAGCCAUCCAGGAAGCCAUGCUGCGCGACUACCUUCAAACGGCACAGGACGUCCUGGAGGCGAAAAAAGAAAUCUUUGAUGUGAAGCAGCGAAGGCUGUACCUGGCACAAGAUGAAUUCAACCACCUCAGCGAGCAGCUCAACUACUCGAGGACAAGCUUGUGCUCCAGCUCGAGUAGUGUUAGCACCAAGUACGAUCCAGACCUGCUCAAAUCAGAUGUGGCGUUGGCCCAGAAUCGUGUUUCCAGAUUGAAGCGAGAACUAGAACAGAUUCGAGCAGAAAUGAAUAGCACUCAAAGAGGAGUAGAAACCUUGGCAUCUGUGGAACAAAAGCUGAGUAGCUCUCAAGGAGGAUGCUAUAAUAUCCAAGAAGCUCAAGCCAUUGUUGCUGAGCUCCGGAACAUACAAAAGUCAUUGAUGAGUGGUGAGAAAGAGAAGGCAGAACUGAUGCUGUCAUUAGCUAAACUGAAGGAUGAUCUGACAAGGCUACAGCUGAGUGAGAGUUCACCCGAUGUUUCAACUCUUAGUCUUCCAAGUGAGAAACUCAGUACAGCAAGCCAGACAGACUUAUCUGGGGAGAUGGUGUCAAUGGGGACCCGGUUAGCUGAGAUGGCCCGUAUGCGAUUGAAGUAUGAUGAAGCCCGUAAAAGCAUUCAACAAAUUCAGCAAAAGUUAGCAGAUUUAGAAGAAAAAGUAAUACCUGGCCAAGCUGAAUCUGAUCAGGACCGACUAUUACUUUUCCAAGAGAAGGAGCAGUUGCUGCGGGAGCUUCGAUCAAUAACACCACGCACACAUUCUCUGACACCUCGUCAAAUGUCAGAUAUCCAACAAGAAAUUGGCCGUGUUAAACAAGAUCUGAACAAUGCAUUAGAAAUGUCAAAUCGUACAAUUGCCGAGAGAGUCAGGCUACACGAAGAGAAGCAACAGUUACUUCAAGAACUACGUGAUGUCUUACGUGCAAUGACAUCUCUUGAGUCGCAACUUAAGACUCUUUCGGCCAGUACUUUGUCCGUCUCUAGCAGCUCUAGUCUUGGCUCCCUCAGUACCACGAGUAGUAAGGGAUCUCUGAGUAGCGGACUCAGUUUCACUGAUAUUUAUGGUGGACCUCAGUGUGUUGGGACCACUGCAAGUGACAAGCCCAUCAAUAUGGCAGACCUUCAUAGAAGAGUUGAGCGUCUGUUGAAGGAGUCUGGUUCGCCGUCUCUUUCCCCAAGAUCCUCAUUUACUUCAGUAUCACCCCCGGUGUCCCCGGUGUCCCCGGUGUACAACCCUGCAACUGGUCCACCCCCAGCAUAUGAGCAUGUGGAACGCCAGCGCAAACAACACCAGCAGCAGCAGCAAGUGCCGCACCAGCCUGCUCUGUACCAGCAGCCGCUCCAACAAGUGGCAGCCAGUGUGUGUGCACCUGAAGAAGCUCUUCUUGCCUUAGAUAGAACUCAGUUAGAAACUCGCCUUGCAGAAUUAAGAUUAAAUCAGGCCGGUGUUAAUGAUUAUGUGAAUUGUGUGGUGAACUCUCAUAUACCGGAUCAUGUUGAAGUGCGCUCAACCUCUGAUUUGCGGAGACCCGGUUCAAGCACCAGUCUGGCCCCAAUGGACCCUCCUUUAUCCCCAAUCUCAGAGACUCCCACGUCAUCCGGAACCAACACGCGAUCAGUGUCUGCUGCUGUCAGUGAUGAGUCAGUAGCAGGCGACUCAGGUGUGUUUGAGGCAUCGCACAAGAAAUUACAAGGCCCUGGAGGCAUGGUGCUUUGCGACAUGAACUUGGAGACAGCGCAAGUUCAAAUCAAACUAAGGUAUUCACUUUGCGAUAGCUUACUACAUGUUGGUAUUGAAAGAGCGCGUAAUUUAGCUGCUCUCUCCAUCCCAGAAAACUGUUUUGUACAUAUUAAAGCAGCUCUGCUACCCUCAUCAGCGCCUGCUACUCUAGCCUGUUGCACUAAAGCUGUAGCAGACCUUAGGAAGCCAACUUUUGGUGAAAACUUUCCCUUGUCAGUACCCCUUAGCAAGUUGUGUGCAAAGACACUUCAAGUUCAUGUUUGGUGUGCAAGCAACUUUCAACCUGAGGAGUGCCUGGGUUGUGCUCAAGUCAGCUUAGCUGACUUCAAUCCUGACACAGUGUCAGUCAAAUGGUACAACAUACUAAGCUUCCGAUUCAUGUCCCCAAGUAAUCUAAAUGCUGCAUCCUCAAGCAAUGCUUGCAGUGCAGUUUUGGGACCUGUCACAGAGCACCACUCUCAACAGAAGGAAGAAAGUUCUGAUGAAUCCACUAUUAUCUCAAGCCAGACGUCCACCCUUACAAGAAGCCAAGGGAAUCCCACUGUGUGCACAAGGCUUGAUGAGCUUGCUGCCUGCCUCCGAAGUCAAGAAGAGGAGGUUGAAGAUGAGGAUUGUGAAGAAAUUGUGGAAGACGAUAGAUUAGAUCUUCGGAUCCCGGAAGAAAGUCUUGAUCAAGUUGUAGAAGUGUCAGAGGUUGACACUGAAGAUAAGGAAACCAAUACAGAAUGUGUAUUCCUGCCAGAAAAAGGAAACAAACGUAGGGAAGAAUCAAGUAGAGCAGCAAUGGUGAUAAAACGCUCACAAACAUUUUCACCUAGUGCUGCUGUAGCUAAAUCUCAAUAUAUUUGCAGACUAAACCGCAGUGACAGUGACAGCGCAAUGCCUUUGUACCGGAGACCGAGUUGCUCGAGCGGCUUGAGCAGGCCGUUCCAGCGUAACUCUGUCGAACGGCGUUCUCUGAGGUGGAGGAGAUCGCCCUCCUCGUGCUCCACGCUCUCCGUGUCUGGUCAUUCAAGUCAUCACGACCGCAGUCAAGGUCCCCAUAUCACUGCCCCGCGCACGUCGCUGGACUUGGAGCUCGACCUGCGGGCUCAGCACACUCGCCUGGAGACGCUGCGCGACGAGCUGAGUCGUCUCAGGAUGCUCAAGACUCAGUUGGAGGAAGCUCGCUCCAGAGGGGACAGCGAACUGGCUGCCUGGCUGCUGGAGGACAAGCAGUUCCAGAACCUCAUUGCACAGGCGGAAAUGGGGAAAAAUAGCAAGAAUGUGGACGAUCGUAAAGUAGAGAAGCUCCUUCAAAAGACCAGCAAAGAAAUUUACAAGUUACGUAAAAGCAAGGCUGGUGUCGGGCGGCCAGAUGUCAUUUCAUUCAAGCAAAAAAUGGCAUUUUUCACCCGAGUCAACCUUACUGUGCCAGUAUUGUCUCCUGAAGACAGCGGCUUUCAUGUUGAUGAUUUGGAUGAGAGCCGCUCAGAAAGCAGCACCUUGAAAAGAGGUACUUCAUUGGGUGCUGAUGAAGAAGAAGAAGAGGAGGAAGAUGUAGAUGAUGAAGAUCAGGUUGAGGAGUACAGUGCCCAAGAAGGAUGUCAAUGUGGUGAUACGGAUGAGACCUCAGAACGGCAAGUUGAGGGUCAGGAAAGUAAGAACCCUACUGAAGGGGAGAGAUUUGAGUAUGUGGUUGACCGAGUGUUUGGGGUUGAAGUGUGAACUGUGCUUGUGGCUCGGCAUAUUGUCUUCUCUGUGAUGUGGUGUCUGUCUAAGUAACUUUUACUGGUGCUUUUCGGAUUGCUCAAAUCUAGCAAAGAGCACCUUAUAAGAAUUGACAGCUGAAGUGGGCUUUCAAAAAUUUUAUUAUCAUUUUUAUUUUGGUACACCAAACAUGUAAUGGACUGUUCAUGCUUUUCUUUGUUGUUUGUAGAAGUUUGCAACCUGUUGUAUUUCUGCCUGUGGCUUCUGAAAUUUUUAAGCUUUUUUACUGAAUGAUAUCAAAACUUUUAAAUGUUCAUCUUAUAUUUUGUAAAGAGUUUGUGUUUAAAGGCCUAGUCUCGACCUAUAACAGAUGAUUUUCAGUUGAUUGUUUACUAUCACCAUGCUACAUCUUAGCUAUAUUUUGUUAAUUUUCUUUGACAAGUUUCUUUAUGAUUCCUGUGAAAUCCGUCUUUGCUACCCAGAUUCAUUCGUUUCCCUACCAAAAAAGUAAUAAAACUAAAGUGAAAGUUGUUUUGGCCUUGCUUUCAAGUAAUGAUACAGUUCAUCAUCAUAGACUGUUCAUGGCCCAUUGUUAAUUGUGAUAAAAAGUUGUUUAGUGAUUUUCAGUGUGCAAGUGCAAGUACAUGACUUAAAUUAUAAUCUGAAACAAGAUAAACUCUGGUGCUAUAUUCAUCUUCCACUUCUAAAUGUUAUAUUUUUUAUAAAAUUUUAGGGUAUUAUGCAGGGCUAAAUCUAUUAAUACAAAUUGAAUUUCUAUUUGUUUAUUUUAUUGGAUAUGUAAUAUUAAUCUAAUGUUCUAAAAAGACACAGUCAUGGAAGUGUUUAUUUAUGUGUAAAUAGGAAAAAACACCCUCACUUCUUGGUUUUAGUGCUUCCAGUUCAAAGUUCUGAUAAUAUCUAUGGUUGAAUGGAUUCAGUCAACCUUGCAUGUUGUAUUGUGUGGCGGUGACAACUGCCAUGAGUACUGCCUUGUGCAAACUAACAAAACAUAGUUUACUCUCUCAACUGUUUCAAAUGGUGCUAAUCUGCCCACCGAUUUAAUACUGAAAGCUUUCCCCCUUACACUGUCAUACAAUUAAAAUUUGUUGCGUUGCAUGACAAUCAUUUUAUGUACUCACAGUACAUUGGCCUGACAAUCACGAAAUUUAAUCAUUGCUGCUUUUAAUGAAGUCUCAAAUGAGGUAUUCUUGUUACUGAUUUGAGAAUUUGUGAUAUUUCUGACUGUGGAAGCUUUUUCACAUUCUUGUUACUUUUCCUCACUUGUUUUUGAAAUGAACUUUUAAAGCUUACUGAGAAGGCUAUCUUUUCUCUCUGUGCCAUAGAAUUUAUGUUUUGAUUUUCUUUUCUUUUUGUCUAUGGCAAGGACAGUUUAUAUACUUCUGAUGUGAUUCAAAAGCUUUGUUGAAAUCAUGAGUAAGGAUCCAUUUAUGUAAUGGAUGUUUUCUGUGUAAAGUAAAAGAUUUAUUGACCUCUGGACAUUGUUGUUGCUGAGGUGCUUGUUUGAUCAAAUUUCCCUCUAGUUCUUUCUAAAACAAGAAAGAAAAUAUGCUUCAUGGAAUCAAUAAACAGGGUAUCUAGAAAGUAAAAUAACAGCUCUAGUUACAAGCACAUUUCUGUUCUGAAAAUCAUCUGGUGAUUUGUAAAACUUGUAAACACUGCUGCUUUUGUUUCCUUGCUUAUAGAUAAUGCCUCUCAUAGUCUCUUGAUAUUUUAUUAUGCCUUUUAAUCCUUGAAUGGUUUUGAACACUGUUGGGAAAAUGUUCGUGGAAAACGAUGCCUGUUUGUCUGCCUUGCUGCAAAUGUUACUUUAAGACAUUUUAAGUUAAUAGAGUAUUGCUCAAACUGUAUACGUAAGUUAGCAGGGUUGUGCAGAUUAUAAGUACAAACCACAAUCUGGCUGUUCUUGCUAGAGCCGCCUUAAUGCCAUCAUUGUUUGCUUCUUAUUAAUUUAAUGUGUACAGUAGAUUAUUACUUGUUAUUUAAUUUUGAUAGUGACUAUUAUUGUGCCUGUUUAAUCUGUCAAUAUGUAUGUACCGACAUUAAUGUAUAGAUCAAAUUUUGUGCAAAUUGCUAUAUAUUAUAUUAAUUUUUUUUUUAAUUACUCUGCCAUUGCUGUAGUUAGUUUUCAUCAAUCUGCAGCUUUGAUGGGAGCAGAAACUUCUCAAAAGUCUUCCUUAAAAGUCCUUCUUUGUUUUUGCCUCUUAGAACCAAACAACUGUUGCUGAAUUGGUGAUUUCUACAUCAGAUUCUGACUUACAGCUACACAUGCGUGCUUCUUAAUCAUUAUUUCUGAGUUGUUUUGAUGUAAACAGUUAUUGAAAAGUUCUGUUGAUGUGCAGCUGAUUCACGUUGCCUUCUGAUCCUCCCACAUUCCUUUUCUUUGAAUUGCUUCCUUCAUGUGGGAUAAGGGAUUUGUGGUAUGUGGGAACCCAAGUAUGACAUGUCUAAAAAAGAAAAUGCUGCCUGUUUUAAUUAUUUGUACUUUUUUAAUUGCUUGUAAAAAUGUUUAUCUUGUUAAGGAGUUUAGAACUUUGAACUGAUGGUUACUCUUUGUAAUACCAUUCAAGUGUAGGGCAUCAACUUGUAUCAUAUGUACAAAUCUAUAUUGCUGUCGUGUCUUUUUCCAUAUUCAAUUUGAAAUGUAUAAGACUUUUUAUUUAAGAUUUAAGAGAUCCCAUGUGUUAUAGGAACCAAAAGCAUUGCAAAUGCUGUUUUGAUUAUAAAAAAAUUCUAGUUUGGUACCGUUGACUGUUGAAAAUAGAAACAUAAUUUAUGAUUAAACAAAGUAUUUUUUACAAAAGAA